CCCAAAGAGAAACCCAGCCACCGACGCCUCUUCCUCUUGAGGAAACCGGUAAGAAGCUUGGUUUUUGCCUUUCUUUUCUUGUUCAAGAACAAGAUUUAGGAGCUUGAAAUCUUUCCCCUCUGUAGAAAAUCCCGAAUCUGCUCUGUUCUUCCUCCCCUGCUGCCGGUUUCAGCUUGGUGAGGGUGGGGAUCUUUCGGUUUUUUGGUAAGGGAACUACCAUGAAAUCAUCUCUUUAGCUUUGAUUUGGCUUGGGUUUACUUUAAUUCCUCUUGGUUCUCCCAAUUUUUGGUAGACCCGUGAGCUUCCCCUGCAUUGCCGCCGGCCUUCCCCUAACUGCAGCUCCGGUUUUUGCUGGAAAUUCUGUGAGGUAAGUAAAUUAUGGUAAUGCCCUUCGAUUUUAAAAGUAUGUUUUGACUUGUUUUGAAAUGGUGGCGGGACUAAACCCGUUUUACAUGAGCAUGACUGAUUUGAAGUGAAAUUUUUAUGCUUUUUAUUAAAUUGAGCAUGCCUACUUGAAAUUUAAUUGAUUGUCCUGAUGAUUUGAAAGCGAUUGGUGAAUUAUGAUUUUUCUAUUAACUUCUACUUGUUUUGUCUCUGAUGUGGUAAUGUUAUUAGUGACCCUACUAGUGGGGGUUAAACGCUAACACAUAUCGACAUGUUAGUGAUAGAGCCGGUUCGUACGAGUGACCCUGCUAGUGGGGAUUAUACACUAGCAAAUAGUGUAGCCUGCCAGUGGGAGGUUUAUAACACUGGCCAUGACCUAUAGAAGAGACGUCUAUUUCGUUCCCGCACUGUAACCAUUUUUUCGUGAUUACACUUGUUGGCAUGCUAUGAGUUUAAUUAAGGGCUAUCCAUAUUUACUUACUGAAUUAUCUCACAGUUUUUCCUUGUCCAUCAUUUUAGGGAGUGCAGUCAAGGACGGGGAAAAACGAGGGGAGUGACAAGUUAGAAGGCUAGACAUCUUGUAAAUUGAACAUAGAUUUUAGAUAUAAAUCGUGAUCUUGUAAGCUAGACUUUAUUUGGAGAUUUUGAUAUCAAAGCGAAUUUUAUAACUUUAUCUUCAGAUUUUGAUGGUAUCAGAUUGUGGUAUGAUAAGUUCCGAGCCUUGUACAUUUGUGGGACCCUCUCAUGAGUGCACGGCGUCUGCCACGUCCCCGGAUUUGGAUUCUAGGGCAUGACAAUAUAUAUCUAUUAGUUUA